CAAGGCAACGAAAAUAAUGGCUGGUGAAUGUCCAUUGAAAGUUGGGGAUAAAUUUGCAAGUUUUGCUGAUGUUGAGAAGGAAAUUCAGCAAUUAGAAAAGCACCAAUGGAUCACCUAUUAUCGUCGCGAUUCGCGGACAAUUUUUGGAGCAAAAAAAAGGGGACUCAAAAGAGAUAUAGAGGUGAAUGACAGACUCAAAUUCUAUGAAGCGAAAUACGCUUGUCUUAAAGGUGGACGGAUGUACAAGUCAACUGCACGCCGAAGGCCUAAUCAAAGGUCUUUUCGUGAACAAUGUGGAUCCUUUGUUCAGUUUCGUGUUUCCAAAGAUGGCCAGCAUUUAGUAGUUGUUGAUAUGUCUGUUCAUCAUAACCACCCUCUGGAUAAGGGUAUGUUUCAGUCUUUACCAAAACAAAGAAGGUUAAAUGAGGAAGAGUGGCAAAGUAUGAAGUCCAUUCUAGCCACAAAACCCACAAAGAGGAGUUUGCAGUUGCACAUUAGGAAAAGCACUGGAAAAAUGGUGACAUUGCGUGAUCUGACAAACCAUUCGGGUAAGUUGAAAAAGGUGAAGUCAAAUGAUUCAACUGUUGCCGCACCAAUACCCCCAUCGUUUGUCGAGGAGAGUCUGAUGGAACCUUCAGACAUGUAUAAACAAGCAUUUUGUGAAGCCCAGAAGCUGGCCACUAUGGCAAGUGAAGUGUCGGUGGCAAAAUUCAAACAACGCCUCGCUGUGCUGUCUGAUUUGGUGAACUUGUGGGAGAUGGAUGUAGAAGCAGCAGUGACUGGUAUUUCAGAUGAGAGCACUGACAAUGAUGACAACAGCGGUAUUGAAUCUGUUCAAGUUCCACAAUCUCAUAAGGAAAGUUCUGUCUCACCGAUGGAUCCACCUAUAUCUGAGUUUAAAGAAGAGGUUAAGCAUUCACAUAUACUGGAUCAUGUUCCCCAGCCUGGAGUGUUUGACAACUCUAAAACCCCCUUACAGUUUUGUGAAUGUGGGUCUGAAGAGCCUGGAAUCAAGAUUUCAGUUGUUGAGGAUAUACCUUCUACGUCAGGACAAUGCUCAUCGGGAAGACAGACACCAAAAAAUGUUGGUAUUAAACUCGAGUGGCAGGAUUCUUGACCGAUGAGUUGCCAAAAAUUGAUCUUGCUGUUUUAACCUGAUAGAUGUAGUAUCGGAAUCUCAUAAUAAGGUACAGUCUUGUCAAAUGCAUCCAAAAACAAGGAAAAAAACCGGAAGCAAUUUAUUUGAAAGUUUAUCGAAUUAUUAUGGAAGAGACUUGCUUGUGAUUAGCAUGUUUACUGGCAAACACAGUGUGCUAUUCUACAACCCAUGCCAACUAUUUUGGACAUAAUAGGCAUGAUGAUGUCAUCACACCCAUAUAUGGGCAAGUCACAGGUCUCUGUUACAUUGAAAUGUAAUGGUGUGAACAGUGCUUUAAUAGUUGCAGAUCUUUGCCAGAGUGCAAGACACAUACUUGUUAACCUGAUUGGGACAGCCCCAUUUAAAAAUGCAAAAGACUUGUAGGAUGUCUAAAAGAUAGUGUAAAUGGAGUUUUAGUUUCAGAACCUCUUCACAUUGCCAAGGAAGUACCUGAUUAGAUGAAAGCAUAUUUAUUUCAAAAUACAUGAGAUGUAUACAUUGUCUGCAAUAUACUGUAGUGUGAAAGAAGCUUUAGUUGCAGAUCAUUGCCACAUUGCUUGGCGAGAGCUUGUUUGCCUGAUUGGGAUGGCAGCAUAUUUAUUUAAAAACAAAGACUACAAAGUAAUUAUAAUGUCAUUGGGAACAAAGGAGUUUCUAUAACGGCAACGUGUGGUGGGUGGUACAUUUAGACGGAAACCUGAGUUACCUGUGUGUUAAAUCAGAUUUAUAUUUUAUGAGACCUAGGCAACUCUGUAACUGCUAAGCAGUGCAUAACAUAAUUUUUGUAUGCUCAAAUAAUAAAGGUAUAGAUAUGAUGAUUUCAUGCUCUUUUGUAAUGUUAAAAAGCCUCCCAUGCUUCAAAAUACAGCCAAGUAGUUGUGAGAUAGUGGAAUAUGGAUUUAUGAUGUUGUUAAAUAUGUUUAUAUAAUGGUUUUAAUUUGUUGUAUGUCAUAGAGUAGAGCAAUUUUUAAAUGAUUUUUUUUUACUUAUUUGAAAGUGUGUACAGUUUGUAUAAAAAAGGAAUAAAUAUUUUAUAAUAUAACACUUAUA